AUGGGUCGGCCAGAGGGUGGAAAGCUCACCAUAUACGUUGAUUGUGUCUCACCUUAUUCAUGGUUCGGCUUCACCAACACUAUUCGCUAUCGUCCUCUGCUCAACAAGUAUGGCGUGUCGGUUGACAUAAUUCCUUUCUUUUUGGGUGGCGCUCGUGAUAGUGUAGGCAACCCAUUUACCCCAACUCCUAAAGCCAAAGAAGCAUUUGCAACGCAGGACUCGGAAAUCACGGGGAAAUUGUUGGGAUUGAAAAUUGUUCGGCCAAAGGAAUUUCCCAUUUUGUCACUUUUCGCUGUUCGAGUCGCAACAUGGAUCAAAGACCAUUAUCCGCCUGAAAAGUUUGAGCAAACCUUUCCUGCUCUGGGAUCGGCAUAUUGGAGCAAAGGUAUCAAUAUCUCAAAACCAGAAGGGGUUCUCGAAGCUUUGGAUGGGAUUUUUCCCCCUGAAGAGAUCCAAGAAAUCAUGAAGAAAGCAGGAUCCCCAGAAAAUAAGAAGAGGGUGAUCGAUUUGACCAUGAGUGCGGGUGCUUUUGGAGCGCCGUGGAUUGUCGCUGUCAACUCAGAUGGAGAACGCAAGGAUUGGUUUGGCAAUGAUCGUUGGGAUCAAGUCUUUGAUCAUCUUGCAGUGCCUUAUACACCGGUGAGGAUAAUCCCCCCUGAAGAAGCAAAGGCAAAGACGAGAUUGUGA